CGGGGCGGGCGGGCGCUGCCCGCUCCCCGCCUCCACCCUCGGGGAGGGGGAGCGCGGUGCCGGGGCGAGCAGCGGGUGAUGGGGAAGAGGCGAGCGCGGCGCUGAGGUCCUGCGGGGCCGGAUGAGCCAAGGCUUGGCGCCGCGGCGGUGGCGGGGCUGGAGGAGAGGGCGAAGGAGGCUGUAGGGGCGGCCCCCGCUCCGGCUGCCCUGAGGGGAAGGAGCCCCCGACCAUGGAGAUCGAGAACAUCGUGGCCAACACGGUGCUGCUGAAAGCCCGGGAGGGCAAACGGAGUGGGCGUAGUAAAAAAUGGAAAGAAAUGCUGAAGUUGCCACCUGUUAGUCACUGUGAAGGUAUCAGAUCCUCAAUUGAAAGAGACUAUAGCCAGCUUUGUGACAAACAGCCUAUAGGAAGACUUCUCUUCAGGCAGUUCUGUGAUUCCAGACCAGAUCUGAAAAGAUGCAUCGAAUUUCUGGAUGCAGUGGCAGAGUAUGAGGUAUCUUCAGAUGAAAAGCGUAUAGACUGUGGCCUCAAAGUUUUGGAGACGUACUUCACUAACGGGUCUGCAGCACACUUGCCAGAAAUACCUCAGGAAACAGUAAAUGAAUGUAAAGCAAGACUGGAAAAGAACCCUUCCAAGGAUCUUUUUAUGGACUGUACUAGAAUUGUCCAUGAAUACCUAAGCAAAAGACCUUUUGAAGCUUACCAAGAAAGUGUGUAUUUUUCCCGUUUCUUACAGUGGAAAUGGCUGGAAAAGCAACCAGUAACCAAACACACAUUUAGGCAUUACCGAGUCCUCGGCAAAGGUGGAUUUGGAGAGGUGUGUGCCUGUCAGGUACGGGCAACAGGAAAAAUGUAUGCUUGCAAAAAGCUAGAAAAAAAGAGAAUAAAGAAGAGGAAAGGAGAAUCAAUGGCUCUGAAUGAAAAAAGAAUUCUAGAAAAAGUGAAUAGUAGGUUUGUAGUUAGUUUAUCCUACACGUACGAAACGAAAGAUGCCCUGUGUUUAGUGUUGACCAUAAUGAAUGGAGGGGACCUGAAGUUUCACAUAUAUAACAUGGGAAAUCCUGGCUUUGAUGAGGAAAGGGCUAUUUUCUAUGCUGCAGAACUCUGCUGUGGCCUGGAGGAUCUGCAGAGGGAGAGAAUUGUUUACAGAGACUUGAAGCCCGAGAAUAUACUUCUUGAUGACUGUGGGCAUAUCAGAAUUUCAGAUCUUGGAUUAGCUGUGCAGAUUCCAGAAGGAGAAACCGUCCGAGGUCGAGUUGGGACUGUUGGUUACAUGGCUCCAGAAGUGCUCAAAAAUGAAAAGUAUACAUUCAGUCCAGAUUGGUGGGGUCUUGGCUGCUUGAUUUAUGAAAUGAUUGAAGGACAGUCUCCCUUCAGGAAGCAUAAGGAAAGGGUCAAACGCGAUGAGAUCGACCGGAGAGUAAAGGAAGACCAGGAAACGUAUUCAGACAAGUUCUCAGAGGAGGCAAAAUCCAUCUGCAGGAUGUUACUUGCUAAAAAUCCCGGGGAACGACUGGGUUGCACUGAAGAUGGAGCUGCUGUUGUAAAGCAACAUCCUAUUUUCAGGAACAUUAACUUCAAGAGGCUGGAAGCAAACAUGUUAGAACCUCCAUUCUUGCCAGAUCCACGUGCUGUGUAUUGUAAAGAUGUCCUGGACAUAGAGCAGUUCUCAACAGUAAAAGGAGUGAACCUGGAUACUACAGAUGAUGACUUCUAUUCCAAGUUUGUUACGGGUUGUGUCUCCAUCCCUUGGCAAAAUGAGAUGAUUGAAACGGGAUGCUUUGAAGACAUCAACGCGUAUGAAACUGAUGGUACUGUGUCACCAGACAGAGAGAGGUCUCCCAAACCAAAGAGAGGCUUCUUUCACAGACUCUUCAGUGGAGAGGUCUGUUUUAAAUCUGAUUGCAGUGAUGAUGACCAGGAGUCCUCCAGACUUUAAAUCAUUUUACUCUCAUCAGAAAGGAUGAGCAAACGUUAAAUGUUUUAUAUCUCUGUAGCAAAUUGUAUUAUAUAUAUUUUUUAUCUGAGUUCAAGGAUUUUUGUACAUUUGUACUUCAUUUGUUUUAAGAUGUAUAUUUUCACUAAAGCUUAAUUGUACAAAAAGCAAUGAGUGCCAUUUGAGUGAGUGUGUUUCUGUAUGUAUUUGAUUUAUCUUGAUUAAUUUUUUCUCAGUGGAAUGAAUCUAGGAAUACUAAAAGGAUUUUAAAGCACAGAGAUAAUAUCUAUGGCAUCAAUGUAACUUGACUUUGUAUGCUCCUGGUAAAAUUCUUCUUCUUAAUUAGGAUCUUUAUUAGCAGUUUUCUUAACUGUAAAAUGGCUGUACUGGUGAAUUCAAUAAUUCUGGUGUUAUCCAGCAGCAUGGCAGUGCUAUUAUCUAAUGUAUCUCUCAAGCAACUGCUAAGAAAAAAAAGGAAUUCAGUGCACUGUGGCCAGCUGUUAGGAAUUGCUCUUUACUAUCUGACUCUGUAGAGUAUCCUUCUGUAUUUCUGUAUAAAGAGAAUUCUGAACAUUUACCUUACAUCUGUAACAAACUGUAGUACCCUGUUCUUCUUUUUUCUACCUGUCUUACACAUCCUCUCCAUACAGUUUCUUGGCAUGAACCAUGCAAAUAGACCUAUGCCAAAAUUUUAUAACUGUAUUUUGAAAAGUUUGUUGUCUUUACUGAAAGGAUUUCUUUUUACCUGUGGGGACACCUUUUUUAUUUUUUUCUGUAAAUGAAAUAGUUUUUGACUCCGUGUAGACAGAUGUUAUAGUUUUAUAAUGGGUUAAAAACCAAAGCAUGGGGUCUUUUUACUAACCUCCUCUCUGCUUAUUAUGUUGGAAUAUGCAGUGUUGUGGGGUUGACAGCAAUCACUGCCACUGAGAAAAGGGCAAGGCAAUUCAAAGUAGCAAAUUUAAUUAUGUAAGUAUUUUUUUUCUUAUAACCUUUUAAAACAGAAACAUUAAAACCUGCCUUUAAUGAUUACUUAAAACAAAUGUGGAGCUGGUAUUGAAGUUUGUUAUGAUUACUGGAGGUUCAUUAGUAAAACUGAUAAAAGCUGCCUGAAAGCUAGUCAAACUUCCAUUUUCUGGACUCACAUAUGCCAGACUUUUUAUUUUCUAAAAUUUCCACUAAAACUAUUCAUCUCUGUUUGAGAGUCAAUUUACAGAGCACAUUUCAUUAAGAGCUUUUUCUGUUUUCAAAAUUUGAGUUAGGGACUUAAAAUAUAAUGGAAUGCUCUUGGAGUUGGAGACAUGACUUUAGCUACAUAUUUUGUUCUGUAUUCUGAAGAUUUGAAGAUUUGUCUCCACUGAACAUGCUUUUUGUUGUUUGGUUUUUUUUUUAACUUUCAAACCUCUGGGGCACCAACCAGACCACACAUGUGUUGUACACACAGAGCAACGGAGUAGCCCCCACCUCAAAUAAGUCUCUGCUCGUGAUCCACAGACCCACUGGAAGAAAUUUAAGAUGCUUCUGAGAAACUCCCAACGUACAUUUGAUAGCCAAGCCUAUCAUCAGGUUUUAAUUCACAGUGUUUGGUCUCUAAAGACAAAUGUUUUGAUGAAUUAGAGUUUGAAAGAAGUUGAAAAAGCAAUGUGUUACAGAACCCUAGUGGGGCUCAGCUGGUGUCUAUCUGAAAUUGUUCCUCUUGGCUACUGUGCCACAGAAAUAAGGAACGAGAGACUCUUCUCCUGGGUUGUUAGUGCAUUUUUCCUGCAGUCUAAAGCAGCACACAGGACACCAAAAUGAGUGUUGUGGAAAGUACAAAGAGAGAGAAAUUGGCAGAGGGAGAGAGAGUUUGAAUGAAUUACUGGAAGAUGGUCUGAUGUAAUAGUGAAGGGAUGGGAGGCUUGACAGAAAGAGAAAUGUCUGAAGGGAGGGUGUUGGCUGGAACCAUUAUGUGUGAGACAAUGAGCUGGCACGGGCUGACCUGACCCUCUUUAGUUUGAACCACAGUAAGAGAAGGACUCUAAAAAGAUGGGAAUGGAAAAAUGGGGAAGUAACAAAAGUGGUUUAUAACUACUGACCUGGUUGCAGAAGUCAUCAUUUCCCCGAUUAAGGGGAUUAGUUUUUUAAGGUCUUAGGUUUGCUCUUCUGAGGCAAAGGGAGCUGUAUUAAGACUGCACGUUAUGGGGUGACAGUCUGGAUUUAAUGUCUGCAUAGAGCAACUUGAAAUUUGGGCAAGUAUAUCAUGGACACAAGCUGAGUAAAUUUUAUUAAAAAAAAAAACCAAAACAGGAAUGGGCUUUAAUAGAUUAAAAAAAAUAUUUGAAAGUUUUUUUAUAAUGUAUUUCAAAUUUUCUUUCCUCAUUGGAUGGACAGGAAUGUUAAUUUAAAAAAAAAUGAAAUCAACUUCUCUAUUUUGGAGUGUUGAGACAACAGUUAUUCUUCAGGGUUCUGUGAGGAAAAAAGUCUAGAUGAAGAGAGAAGGAAAAUUGUUCCUAAAAAUGUGGUUAUAUUUACAUGUCUGCUUCUUUGGACAAGGAACUCCUUGUGAAAAAGUGGAGGAUUUUUUUGUUUUUAUGAAGUUUAUUUUUAGUUCCAUUUCACAAGUUUUUUCCUAAGAUCUCAAUAAUACUUUUGAACUGGUUUUGAGUGGAGUACAUUUGCAGGAUUCAGACCUAAAUCCCAUGCCUUUUGAGCUUUGGGUUUUCUUGGUUGGUUGGUUGGUUGGUUUUUCCCCUGUGGGCUCAAGAUGGCAUUUUUCUACUAUCAAUUUGUCCCUUUUAGCUAAAAAUACAACCACAUAAUAAUGGCUGGAUAUUAUUUAAUGUGGAUCCUCUAAAAAAUUAGAAAAGACAAGGAAAGGGAAGGAUCAGCAUAACCCUCCUCACACGGUACAUGGAGAUGAAGAUGUUUUGGUGUUUAAGGUGACCAAUGUGGGUUAAAUGUCUUUAUUGGAGUAUUGGGAAAUUGGAGAUGCCUUUUGAAAGUGGGGAAAGGGUAAGGAGAAGGGAGAACACCUGGAAGCAAAAUAUUGUGGUGUGAUAAAUUUAACAUAAACUUAUUUAUUGAUUUUUUUAGGACACAGCUGAGACAAAGAAAGGGGAAGGCAGGAGGUUGUGUUGACUGAUUAUGUAGCCUUUUAUUCCCAAUAAACUGCUGGGGGAGAGGGCGGAAGCCGAGGAAAUUCUUGUCAUUUGGUAUGACUUCAUUCAGAUUCUAGAUCUGUGUGUUAGAAGGCUUUCAUAGCAGCAAGACAAUCCAAGAGCCCAACUGGUGCAAGCUUUGGAAAGAUCUGUGGAAUUCCAUGGAGUUAUUUGCAUGAGAUCAACCCUCCUGUGGCUUGUUUUCCAAGCAUUUGUGUACAUAAGUCUCAAUGUCUGCUUGUGUGUACCUCAUGAAUCUCUGUUUAACUCAACAUUCAGAAACUGUGAAACAAUGUACCGGUAUCUUAUGGGUUUACUUAAUGCUUUUGAGUGUUGUGACCAACAGAAUAGAAUCUUCAUGCCUCAGGGUUGGGUUUUUUCCUAUUAAAAAAAUUGUCAGCUUCCUCCCCUUGGCCCCCCUGAGGUGUAGUGUUCAUUAUAGAGAUGGUGUUAUGUUGCUGGAUUAUAACAACAACAAAAGAGUCUCAGCUGAAAAAAUAAGAAUUUAAAAAUAAUAUUAAAUAGGAAAAAACCUGUGGUAUUUCUGUGAAAACAAGAGCAUUAUUGACAAAUCUUAGCCUUUAAUAGAUGUUGUCCUCUUUUGUUUUCCCACAUAGUUUUUAAAACAGUAGUCCUGAAGGAUUAUGAAAGAGAAUUAUCUCCAUCUCAGAAUGAAACUGUCUAAUUUAUAAAUCAGUGAUAGAAGCUAUUAAAUACCAUAACAAUCAAUUUUUAGAAAGCACUCCAAUUAUUUUUCAAACAACACUGAUGCAAGAAAUUUUUCACUGCCAUUUUUUUCAGAUAAUACUUGUUUACAAGUUACUAAAAUAAGUCAACAGAAGGAAUAUUUUUCUAUGGUUUACAAUUUAGCAUUACAUUAAUUUAAUAUUGAAAUUACCACCUUCAUUUUAGUAUAGAUUUUCAGAAAAUUCUUCUCUUUAGGAAGUCCUCAAAAAUAUGAACUAUUGGAAAGCAUCUUUAAGUGCAAUUCAUGUUUACUUUGAUUUGAAUUACCUGCCUGGCUUAUUUUGGUGCUUACGAUGUCUCUUCUGCUGAAUGUACAAUUCUUUUUUAUUUCAUAAUUGUUCUUGUGAUGUAACUUGAGUUUUGCACAUGAGAUGUGGGUAACUUUUUUGUCAUGUUCCAGAUGUGUCCAAAACACCAGAAUUCUUUCAAGGCAUAGGAAGCUGACUGUUAAAUGUGAUGUGUUCGUUCCAGCAUCUCCAAACCACUGACUGUUCUUGUGUGAGCUGUUUUCCUGGAUGUUCUGGCAUUGUAAUUCCUGAAAUAAAAGCAAAACACUGCCGCAUAUCUCAACCACA